AUGGCAACUCAAAAUUUAAUUGACCUUAAUACCCUUUCACCUAAAUUUAAAGAUCUUUAUGCAAAAGCAAAAGACUUUGUAGAGAAUGAUUGUAUUCCUGCUGAAAAGACAUAUGAACUUCAAAUGGGACAAAAUGAAAAUCGAUGGAAGAUAGUUCCACCUGUGAUUGAAGAAUUAAAAGCCAAGGCCAAAUCACUUGGACUUUGGAACCUGUUCUUGGGUCGAGAUUAUCCUGAAGGUGCUGGCUUGACCAAUGUCGAAUACGCCUUGAUUGCUGAACUCACCGGUCGUUCUCCCAAAAUUGCGCCUGAAGCUAUGAACUGUUCUGCUCCUGAUACAGGCAAUAUGGAGGUUUUUGCUAAAUAUGGCACACCCGCACAAAAAAAGAAAUGGCUCGAGCCUCUUUUGCAAGGCAAGAUUCGAUCCGCCUUUGCCAUGACUGAACCUCGUGUGGCUUCUUCAGAUGCAACCAACAUUGAAACAAACAUUCGUCGUGAAGGUAACGAAUACGUGAUCAACGGUUUGAAAUGGUGGAUCUCAGGUGCAGGUGAUCCUCGAUGCGCUGUUUACUUGGUCAUGGGCAAGACAGAUCCUGACAACAAACACAAACAUCGUCAACAGAGUUUAGUCAUUGUGCCUGCCGACACACCUGGUAUCACCGUCGUGCGUCCUAUGAAGGUCUUUGGCUUUGACGAUGCUCCCGAAGGUCACUGUGAGAUCGUGUUUAAGGAUGUUCGUGUACCUGUAGAAAACAUUAUCUUGGGUGAAGGUCGUGGAUUUGAAGUGAUUCAAGGUCGUUUAGGUCCUGGCCGUAUCCAUCAUUGUAUGCGUUGUAUUGGUAUGGCUGAACGCGCUCUUGACCUCAUGCUGAACCGUGUGACAGACACGACCCGUCGCACGUUUGGCAAGGUACUUGCCGAACACGGCACGAUUGUUGCUGAUAUCGCUACCUCUCGUAUCGAAAUCGAUCAGGCUCGUUAUUUAGUGCUCAGUGCUGCUCGUAAGAUUGAUGAAGCCAAGGCGAAGGGUGCUAUGAAGGAAAUCGGUAUGGCCAAGAUUGUCGUCCCCACCAUGACCUUGAACGUCCUGGACCGUGCCAUGCAGGCUCAUGGUGCUGCUGGUAUCUCUCAAGAUACACCUCUCGCUCAUUUUUACGCUUCUGCGCGUACCUUGCGUUAUGCUGAUGGUCCUGAUGAAGUACAUCGUGCUCAAAUUGGAAAGAUCGAAUUACGUCGUGCCGAAGAAGUUGCUGCCAAGAUAAAGGUUCAAAAGGAAAAAUCAGACCGCCUUGCUUCAGAAAAGGCAAAGCUUUAA